AUGUCAGGGACAUCACAAGUACUUCAAAACGAUUCUCAUCAAUCACAACAUUCUUCAAUGGCUUAUAAUCAAAGACAAUCAAUGAUAUAUCCACAAGCACAAGUGCCACACCAACAACAACAUAGUUUACCUCCAUUACCACCAUUACCAGUACCAUCUUUACCUCCAUUAUCUAAUGGUAACUCUAAUUCUAAUUCUAAUGGUAAUGAAAUCAACAAUAACGGUAGUGUUCAACCACCACUUCCACCUCCUCCACCAAUUACUUCAAAUCAACAGUACUAUGCUGUACCACCUUUACGAGCACCACCUCCAUUGAAUACUUUGGCAUCAGUAGUAAAUUCUUUACCAACCCUAACGCCGACAAUGACAAAUGCUACUCAUUCAACCAUGUCAUCUAAUUCUUCUGCUGAAUCUUCAACUUCAAGUUCAUCUAAUUCAAUAACAAAACCUAAAUCAAAAAGAUCAAGUAAAGGUAGAGUAUUUCAAUGUACAGGAUAUCCUGGUUGUAAUAUGUCAUUUACUAGAAGUGAACAUUUGGCUCGUCAUAAACGUAAACAUACUGGUGAACGACCUUUUACUUGUCCUUAUUGUUCAAAAAAUUUCAGUCGUUUAGAUAAUUUACGUCAACAUAAACAAACAGUACAUGCUUACGAAACUUAUUUAACUAAAGAUAAUCGUGAUAGUAAAUUAUUAAUUGAACGAUCGAAACUGAAAAAGAAAUUGAAACAACAAGAGAAAAAAGCUCAACAACAGGCCCAACUUCAAGCUCAGGCCCAGGCUCAGGCUCAGGCACAAGCUCAAGCUCAAGCCCAAAUGCAACAGCAGCAACAGCAGCAACAACAACAAAAUGGUUAUAAUUUCCAACCUCCAUAUCCUCAAUUUCAUAAUCAAUAUUAUGCCAACAACCAAUACCAAGGUCCUCAACCACCAAUGCCACAGCAACCACAACAGCACCAACAGGGAAUACCGGCAGGGUAUUUGGAUCCAUAUAGACAAUAUCCAAAUACUUUUGACCCCAUGGCAUUACCGCCACCACCUAAAAUUAAUGCACAUCCACAAAAACCAUUACCUCCAUUACCUCAUCAAAUUGGUCAAGAAACUUCUGAAAGUGUACUGCAACAACAAGGAGGAGGAUUGAAAAUUCCUGAUCAUGCAUUUACUCCUAAAAGAAGACCAGAACCAUUAUCAUUACAACAUUCUACUCAUUCUAAUGAAAAUAUUAGUAGUAAUGAUGCCAACACUAAUAAUCAUACAGUGACAUCAUCAGUUACUUCUGAUGCAGUUUAUCCUCCACCACCUAAAUCAGCAACUUCAGCUGCUUCAUUAACUCCUAAUUUAGCUAGUCCAUUAUCACCAUUAUUUCAUCAAUCAUUUAGUCAAACUACUUUGAAAAGUACUCCUGAUCCAAGAGGGUCUAGUACAUUGACAAAUUCUUCAGUAUCAAUAAAAUCCCCCAUGUCACAACAUUUUUCAAUAUUAUCAGGGAAUUCUAAUUAUAGUAAUAAUACUACUACUAGUUUACCUUCAGUAAGUAAUUUACCUCAUCCCAAUUGGGGACCUACUAAUGGUAAUGGUGCUGGUGCUGGUGCUGGUGGUUAUCAAAAUUCUUUACAUCAACGUCAAAGUUCUGCUGUGAGUGAUUUUCUGAUAUUUUCUAAUAGUAGCAAUAGUAGGAAAGAUAUUAAAAGUACUUGGUUAAGAGGGGUUUUAAAUGAUGAUACAAAUGAUCCACAAGAGAAUAAAUUGACAUCACCAUCACCAGCUCCAACAUUACCACCAGUAUCAAGUAUAACAAAUGGAACUAAUGAUGGGAAUAAAGAUGUGAUAAUGUCAGAAUCAGAAUCAGAAUCACAAUCACAAUCACAAACAAAUUUGAUAAAUUCAAAUGGUAAAUCAAAACAAGAAAGUGGACCUACCUUAGAAAGUACUGAACUUACUAAUAUUGGUGCUUCUUCAAUUAAAUCAACUCAUUCUACUGAAACAUUACAAACUACAAUGGUUAUUGUGAAUAAACUGGAUACACCAACAGCAACUACUAUCACAACAACAAAUGAGAGUAGUUCUAAUACUAAUGCUACUACUAGUGAAUAUGUUUCGAAAAAACCAACAAUAAAUAAUUUGAUAUCUCCAUCACCACCACAAUAA